CCUGGGUGGACAGUAUAGUUACUUCAACAUUAAAUGGAAUAAAAUGCCGCGGAUUCAUGUAAACAGAGACGUCGCUUUAGCGUGAUUAAUCAAAGGCUUCUUAAUUAAGACGUUUUACUUGUGGAGCAGGUGGCGACAGGCCUAUUUUCGGUUUUUAUCAGCAAUAUUUCAGGGAGAGGAGUGACGUCCACCUCAACGCAGCAGCUGCAGGACGUUUGUCAGUUUUGUCCCUGCUGAACAAACAAUGAACUGAGGACCUCCACUCCUUCAACUUCACACAUCUCCGCAGCACCCACUCUUCAACCUCGCUGACGUUGCCUCACCACGCCUGGGCAGAGAAAUGUGUGUGCAUGUGUAUCCUCGGAUGCAUGACUGUGUCUGAGUAUUUUUGGGCUGAAGUAAGAGGUAGUAGGCUGCACUUACCCUCUCACCCUCUUAAGAGGCACUCCACGUGACUGACUACAACAUUUGUCUCCACUGCUGCAAAGCAUCAUGGGUAGGAAAAAGAUUCAGAUCCAACGGAUCACAGACGAAAGGAACAAGCAGGUGACAUUCACAAAGCGAAAGUUUGGCUUGAUGAAGAAAGCCUACGAGCUGAGUGUAUUGUGUGACUGCGAGAUCGCUCUGAUCAUCUUCAACCACGCAAACAAGCUGUUCCAGUAUGCCAGCACUGACAUGGACAAGGUCUUGCUCAAGUACACAGAGUACAACGAGCCUCACGAGAGCCGGACCAAUGCAGACAUUAUUGAGACCUUAAGAAAGAAAGGCUUCAAUGGUUGUGACAGUCCAGAGCCGGAUGGUGAAGACUCCAUUGACCAAAGUCCCUUAAAUGAUGACAAGUACCGUAAGACCACAGAGGACCUGGAUGUUCUCUUUAAACGCUACGGACAGUCGACAGCUCCGCCCCAGACGUUCUCCAUGCCAGUCACCGUCCAGUCGUCCAAUCAAAGCACACUGCAGUUUAGUAACCCUGGCAAUGCGCUGGUAACUACCUCCUAUGUAACAUCGUCACCGCUCACGGAUACCCACCUCCUGUCGCCACAGCAGCCGGCUGUUCAGAGAAAUACAGUGUCGCCUGGGUUGCCACAGAGACCGGCCAGUGCAGGUGCUCUUCUUGGAGGCGACCUGAAUAAUUCAAACGGAGGAUGCCCAAGUCCAGUCCCUAAUGGAUACACCAGCGCCAGGGCCUCCCCAGGUCUCCUCACUGUUUCCAACGGCAACAGUCUGGGGAAAGUAGUCCCGGCCAAGUCUCCACCCCCACCUCCCAACCCCCAGAUGGUCAACAGCCGCAAGCCAGACCUCCGAGUCAUCACCUCACAGGGCGGAAAGAGCCUCAUGCAGAUGAACGCCCAGCGGCUGGCGGCAGGAGCCCAGGUGGCUCAAACCCUUACCACACCGGUGGUCUCUGUGGCCACCCCGAGCCUCCUGGCGCAGGGGCUGCCCUUCUCCGCCAUGCCCACAGCAUACAACACAGAGUACCAGCUGACCAGCGCAGACAUCACUGCUUUACACGCUUUGGCGUCACCUGGCGGCUUGUUGCCAACCAGUGUGUCCACAUGGCAACAGCAGCAGGCUGUUUCCCAGCAACCGCAACAACAACAACAACAACAGCAGCAGCAGCAGCAGCAGCAGCAGCAGCAGCAAGCACAGCAACAACAACAACUUAAUCUUGCAUCACUCAGCAACUUGGUCAUGUGGGGCGUGGACAAACAGAGCAGCGAGCUGUCUAGCCAAGUGUCGAGUCUGGCUGCCAAUCUGAGUGUUGGCUCUCCGUCCAACCUGCUCUUGGGUAGAGAUGAGUGGUUGGGCCGGCCUGUGACACAUAUACCUCAAGGCGCCAUGCUGACUGUCAACACAAACUCCAGCGUGAGCAUCAAAUCGGAGCCCGUCUCGCCUGGCCGGGAUCGCACCACCCCUUGCCCUCCAUCUUCCAACACGCCGUCCUCGACCUCAGGAGGAGCCAUCCUGACCGCACCGCCACAGUACCCUGGCUCCCUGCUGUGCCUGGAGCCCCCGACCGGUCGCUCGCCUGCAGACAGCGUAAGCAGCAACGCCAGCUCCUUUGAAGGCAGCGAUCGUGAUGACGCCAGUGCAGGCGGCGGAGGAGGAGGUGGUGCAGGUGGAGGCGGUGCGACUGGAAGUGUCAGCUCCGCCAGCCGGUCCGUGCCACCCGACUUCAGCCCCUCGGCCGAGCUCCUCAGAGCGUCGAACGAAUCAGACCAGGAGGGAGGAAACAUCAAGCGCAUGAGAUUGGACGCCUGGGUCACAUAGUCGCAUGCAGCACCGGCAGCGAAGUUUUGGUGACACUUAAACACCUACAACACACACGCCCACACCCCCAUAUGUUAACCCCCACUGCCCCCCGACCCCACUGCCAUGUGACACUAUCAUCACACAUCUGCCUCUGUCCAAAAUUAUACAACUCAGCUGCAUCACCCAGACUUACGAGGCUUUGCCAAAAAAAGAAAAACAUUUUUAAAAAAUCCUUUGGGGAUCACGCUCUGAGGGAGGAGAGGAUGGCUUAGUGCUCAGCUGGAUAUUAUGUCCCGGGUAGGCUCUUGAAUAGAGGGACAGUAGAUUUUUUUAAAGCCUUCUUGCUUGAAUGGACUCCAUUUAGUAGUUUCUUUUGGUAGAAAUGAGGUGUUAAACCUUUUUGCAAUCUGAUGAAACCAUAAAAACAUGUAUCUUUCACAUGGUUUCUGCAUAACCUUCAUGUAUUUACAUCAAGCUCUGCUACAUUGUUCACAACGUGAUUGGUGGCUUGUUGACAUUAUGGGACUUCUGCCGUAUGACUCACCACUUCCUGCUCUUUGUGAUCCAACGUCGCUUGGCUGUCCAUUCUUCCGUAAGUCACUUCCAAACUGCACGUUUGGAUAUAACUUAAUCUGGACAAGUUUAAGGACUCGGCAUCUAUCUGGCACCGAGCGAACAGACUCAAACAGGAUCUUGUAGGUAAGGACACUUCACCAUGAAUGGUUAUUUCCGCCACAUUGACCGACCUCAGCCUAACAGCCCUCAGGUGGCACUCUGUGGCUGUGGAUUUGAGGACCUUGCCAGAGUGCCAAUAUCAACCUCUCUUUAUUGAAGAAGAAAAAAAAAAAGAAGCCAAAUGCCUCUCGCACUCGGUGCAGGGACACAAAUUAUCACUCGCACUGUCACGGAAACGAGAACUUAGAAACUGUCAAUGCUUUUCAGGCUUUGAAUUUGCCACCACUCUCUUCUCAGACAGGGUGCUCCUCUCGUCCUCCCACCUCAUCUACUCGGGAACUUGGAUGGAAAAUGUUGCACCAGAAAUCCAGCCAGGCACUCAGCUUAUUACCUAGGAGUAGAUGCCAUCCAGUUAAAUGCAUAGGAGUUUUUUGAGCCUGUGGUGGCUUUUAUUUAGGUAGGGAAGUAUUUGGUUCCUUCAGUUCAAGUGUUCUUUAUCUGUUGGUAACUCAAAAAAAACAAAAAAACAAAUCUGUUUUGAAGGUCCGAUAGUUAUCCAGAAGUAGGAAUUCUGACUUUAUAUGAAAAUCACUCCUUAUACAAAAGCUUCGAUGUCCUCUUUCGCUCUCAAUAGCGCUCCUUAGCUCUUUGCUGUGUUUCAAAAAGUGAAAGGAAAAAGACAUUUUCUAUAUUUCUACCGCUUCAGUUGGCGACAAAAGUAAACUAGCUUUUCAGCUUCAACGACGUGUAUGUACAUAUAAAUAUAUUUGCAUAGACUUUGCUAGGUAUCCCUAAAAACAAGCAAUGUGUUGAUUCUCAGUGGAUCUUGUUUGCAUAUAUGAGUGUGAAUUUGAUAAUGUUUCGAGCUACGGUGCAGGGGUUACGCCACACUAGGUAGUGCUGGUGGCUCGGACUCGUUUCAGUAAACCUAUUUGAUGCUAGUGUUGAUGGUGUGUGCACUUUCUGUCCCUCACUCACAGAGGCCUGCUUGGUUGUGGUGUCAUCAUAUUCUCCCACCACAUAUUUUUUAAAACCCACGAUCAAAGUAAAAUUGUCCAUAACCACCUUACCAUGAAAUGAUUAGGACACUGCCGUUCACUUAUAGCGUAGUUAAGAGAUUAAAAAACAAAAACGCACUUCUUUGACGCAUAUUUUGAUCGACAAUGUUUUCCACUUUAAGCAGACACAUGCCUUUUUUCCACUUUCAAAUGAAGUCAAUAAAUUGGCUACCAAGUGCUGUGUUUGUUGUUUAAUUGUAUGUUUUCUAGUACAAAUUAGUUUUGUCUGAACCAUUUCAUGUUCGUGUACGAGUGUGUGAACACAGGUUGUUUACAGCCUACAAAUAGGAAGUUUCACCUGAUUGCUUGACCUUUUGUUUUCCUUCAGAUGAUGCCCGAAGUGCAGACCGGUGUGUCAGCUGUUGGUUGACUGUUUAUUAUCUACUUAAACAACCCUACACUUUUACACAAGUAGUGGAUACGGCAGCUUUCAUGAAUUAAUGCCGUUUGGUGCGAUUAGUCACAGCACACAGCAGAGUGUGAAACCAGCGUUUAACACCGACACUGUGGGUUUGUGGCGAAAACAUCCUCGUCCUGUGACACUUUCACACCAGUGUUUGUUGAUGUUUUCCAUUAGGAGGUAAUUUUUUCCCCGUCCCUCACUUGACAGUGUGGUGGGUUGCUUUCCGCUUAACUUUAAUUUCAGGUUAGUGCUGUGUUUUGCCCUCCUUUCAAUCAUCCUUGCUAAACAAUUUAACACCAAACACUUUAAGUAAAGAUGUGUUGGAGAAAUUAGGCCUCUUAAACUGUUAAAGGAACUGGUCUACAUUUUGGGAAACUCGCUCAUUUGCUUUCUUACUUAGAUGAGAAGAUCGAUACUCAGCUCAUGUUUGUGCGGUAAAUGUGAAGUUACAACCAGCAGCCGGUUAUCUUAGCAGGAAAUAGGGGAAAACCGCUGUCCAAAAGGUAACAAUCCACUUAUGAGCGCCUCUGAAGUUCUCCUCUAAUGCAGCAUUCACGUCAUAUCGUUAGAAGUCACGUUUCUGGCCAAAUUUUGAACAAGUUUCCAGAAAAUCUUUAAGAAAAUGUGUGAUUCCAUUCUCUAAUGUGAAUAUUAGGAGUUGGUUGAUUGAGAUCAAUCCACACUAGUGCGUUUGUUUUAUAACGGAGACCUUUUGCUACGUUUGCACCUCCUGUCCUGACUAAAACAGCGAAAACGAAGACCUAAAACGGAGAAGUUUUAAAACGUUGCCAACUUCGUUUUUCAUUUUAAAACUCCGGGUAUCGUUUUAGUGUGGACAGGCAAAAACGGAGGACUUUAGAAACGAUGACGCAGACGCUCACGUUUGGCUCUUUAAUUGGGUCUUAUAAGUGCUGCAAAGUAGAAACAGGAUGCUGCCGACAGAGCUUUUGGUUUGGUAUUUUUAUUAAAAUAUUUUGUACUGUGCAAACAACACUUGUAGCCUUCACUCGUACUGUGUAUGUUACCGUUUAACUUUGCAACGACUCACAGUCUGUUUUCCACUGCCACAGCCACUUAACUGUUACUGAAUGUAACAGUCCCAGCUCGUUAUUGGUCCAUGCAAAAUAAAAUCUGGUGUGGUUCUUCGUCUAUAGUACUUUCACCAAAUCUUCUGCAACUACGGAAUAGGCCACCUGCUUCAUGUUUUCACCGGCACGUGCAUGCCCAGCGUACGUGAACGGCCACCAGAUGUUUUCAGUCGCUUUAGUUUAGACGGAUGACAACAGUUUGUAGGGCUAAUUAAAUCAUUGUAGAAGAAGACAAUGCAAUGAGCUGAAUUUUUUCUCUUUACUUUUGCCGUGUUUCUACUCAGGUUUUUUUAAAUGCACAAAAAUAGGUGAAACGCACUUAGACAAAGCUCAAAGUUCUACCUACCACUUGGUGAAAAGAACUACAGGAAGUGUCAACCAACUGGUGGCAAAAUAGCUGCAAAGCCACCAUCGAUGGAAGUGACAUCUAAAUAACAUUUACACAUUAGUGCUCAUACGGUCAAUUCAGCUUGGUAUCUGGUUUCACAUGUUAACGUACAGCUGCAGAGCUAGGCUAACCGGCAGUAUUGAUCUCUAACUCUUGUGAAGAAAGCAAAUUAGCGUAUAUCCCCCUAAAACUGUUAAAUUUAAAAAUCCAACUGAUGAGUGUUACCAGCCUUCAGACACAGCUAAUCUCCUUCCCCCCCCUCCCUCUCCUCUCCACGCAGUCAUUUCCAUUUUAAAGAAAACGUAUUUCUUUGGGAAGUCUGUUUGUGGGCGCUGAUGGUUGACUGUAAUGUAACACCACACCGAUUGGCUUCAGCAUCCUGCCUCAUGCAGGUUUGUUCAUGUACAAAAAGGCUCUUUGUCCGAUCUAGCAUUGUGUAGUCACAAGACAAUCUAUAUGAGAAAUGAAAACGUGCACCCCUGUUACUUGUUGUGUACAAUGUUUUUUAGAAUCUCACUAUUUUUGGAUUAAUUUGUGCUGGUGACAGUUCCAUUGUCUAUUAUUAUUGCUAUUAUGUGUAGGAUAGUCAGUUUUUUCUGUUAUUUUCUCUUUAUCAUAAACAUAGUACUGGUUUCCUUUUUUUAAAACAACUUGCUGAAAAUUGCACGAUCGGUUAUUGUGGUAUUAGCAAAUGCAAUGAAGGAAAUACCAGACAAAUGCUGCAGUUUUAAUUAAGAAAUAGAAUAUAUUUAUAAAAACGGGAAACAACUGAAAUUAGUAAUUCAUAAAAUUUGAAAAUUGUAAAUGCAUGAAAUGCAGGUAACAACAAGACUUAUGUUACAUACAGUACUGAUAACGGACAUGCAUCAUAAAUGAGUUUUAAAACUCAGAAUAAUGUAGCAUAUGAUAGACUAAAGAUGAAAUUUAUAGCUAAUAUAUUGUGUUGAGCUAGUCUGCUUUGGGUUUUUGUUGUAAAGAAAAUAUUUCUUUGUUGUUUUUUGAGAAUGAUCUACAAUUUGUGUAUAUUUUCAUAUACAAAGUAUGCACUGAUAUGUUAUUGAAAUUCUAUACCGCUUUUACAAAAAAGUGUUUGUUGUACCAAAGUAUCCAAGUCCCUUGAGACCUUACCCUUUUUGCGUAUGUUUUACCGUAUUUUAUAUAUUAAAUAGACAAACUGAGUGAAAUGAA